AUGUCUCCUCCCCCUCCCAUCCCAACCCCCACACCCACAACCAGCAAACUCGAGCUCCGCACCGCCUACGGUCCCGUCUACCGCGACGUACUCAACACGCCCCCACGCCCCUGCACCGAUACCGAAAUACCCAUCAUCGACCUCUCACUCAUAGGAUCACCUAAUUUAACCGAUCGACAAGCGUUGGCAGCAGAAGUACGCGCUGCGGCUGUGGGAACUGGAUUUUUCUAUGUCAAGAAUCAUGGGAUUGAGGAGGGGGUUAUUGCAAAGGCGCGGGAGCAGGCUUUGAGUUUCUUCAGACAGCCAUAUGAAGAAAAAGCCAAGAUUGAUAAGAGUAAUUCUCGCUAUUUCAACGGAUACAUGGGCUUAAAAAGUUCCAACAUAAGUCCCGGAGAAAGUGUCGAUGUCAAAGAAUCUAUCGCCUGGCGCUACUCACCCGAACACGACUCUGACCACCCCCAAUCCCUCUCCUCCAUCCCCUCAGAAGUAAAACCCUUUAUCCGGGGCGAAUCCUUCGUAUGGGAAGGAACAUCUCACCUCCCCAAUUUCCAAACCGAUACCCUCGCCUACUGGAAAUCAUGUCUAACCCUCGCUCGCAAACUCGUGCGCGUCUUCGCUCUCAGUCUUUCGCUCCCCGAAGACUAUUUCGACAGUCGCGUGACGUACCCUGGUGCCGACGGCCUCUACAAUUACUACCCACCCAGUACUGCGGAGGAGAAAUCCAAUAAUAGUGUUGGGUUAGGCAGUCAUACCGAUUUACAACUAUUUACCCUGUUGUGGCAGGAUAUGAUAGGGGGGUUACAAGUCUUAAAUAAGGAGGGUCAGUGGAUUAUGGCGGUACCCGUGGAAGGGACAAUUGUGGUUAAUAUUGGGGAUUUUAUGAUGAGGCUUUGUAAUGAUAUGUAUAAGAGCACGGUACAUCGAGUGUAUAAUCGAGCGACGGUGGAGAGGAUAUCCAUGCCGUUUUUCUUUGGACUCAAUCUUAACUGUGUAGAGGGUGUAAUACCUACAUGCACCGAUGCAAAUAAUCCACCAAAAUACGAGCCAAUAUCCUGUGGCGAUUGGUGCCAACUCCGAUUUAAACUAGAAAACGACGAGUAUAAAAAGAAGAAUGCACAGACACAGGGACAGACACAGGCACAAGCACCUAGUGCUGUAAUAAUCAAGGCUUGA